ACCAAUCAAGCACAGCAUCCUACCAAGAUAUCUGCUGGCCAUGCGCUCUUGUUGGUUCAUUCUGGCCCCCACGAAUUCAGCUCUAUCGUGCGACGUGUUUGCCAUACGCUAGCAAGCCAGGCGUCUCGCUUAAUAGGCUGUCAGCUAGAUGAAACCACUGCUGCAAGCAGGCGGAGGCAAUACUUAUAA